AUGCGACUACUGAAUGCCUCAACAUUUGAGAUGUGCGAAUUUUUUCCCCACGAUACGCCGCCUUACGCAAUACUGUCGCAUACAUGGGGGUCGAAAGAAAUAAGUUUCCAAGACUAUCAAAGCCACAAUCUGCCUUCUGUGAACCAUCCUGCCAGGAGGAAAUUGACGGGUUGCUGCAAGCAAGCAAAGAUUGACGGUAUUGAUUGGGUCUGGAUCGACACAUGUUGCAUCGACAAGACAUCCAGCAGUGAAUUAUCCGAGGCGAUUAAUUCCAUGUAUGCGUGGUAUGAAGAAUCGGAAGUGUGUUAUGUGUAUCUCGAGGAUGUAUCGUAUCCAGAAGGCAUUGUGGAGCCCGAACAUAUACGGGUUGAGUUUACAUGGGCAAGAUGGUUCACGCGCGGCUGGUGUCUACAAGAAUUGUUAGCUCCUCGCAAGGUUGAAUUUUAUACAAAAGACUGGGCGGAAAUUGGCACUAAAAGAAGCCUCCAGCACUCGAUUGAGUUUGUAACAGGUAUCCCAGCUGAUGCUUUGCUGAAGAGGACAAAGCUUUCCGAUUAUACGAUCGCAUACCGAAUGUCUUGGGCUUCGAAAAGAGAAACGACUCGACCAGAAGAUGAGGCUUACUGUCUCCUUGGAAUUUUUGAACUUUCAAUGCCGUUGAUUUACGGGGAAGGAAGACGAGCGUUUCAACGUCUCCAACAAGAGAUUAUACGGCAGACUGAGGACUACACUUUUCUUCUCUGGAGCGAAAGGCUUCGUGAGCCAGCAGGUGUCUUGGCAUCAUCUCCAGGUUGUUUCUUACAAAUGCACUUCGAAAAUCAUGCCGAGAUGCUUUCUAUGCGUGUGAUUCCGACUGUUGUCACGGACACCGGUUAUGGAACUUUGAGGUCGGUUUUUGCAAAUAAGUCUGCAUUGAUGACCAUUGGAGGGGAUUUAAAUGUCAGACAGAUUUCAGCAGAAAAGUAUGACGAAGAUCAUGCCCCAGCAGAAAUGGGAUCUAGUUCUGUCGCGAACUCAAUCCUGGAUUUCAAUAAGUGGAAACCUUUGCAGAUCACCACUCGAGGUUUACACAUGAGCACUUUUGUUAGAAGGCUUAACUCGAAUUCACGCAGUCUAGUUCUUUGGACACUGUGCAUGUCUCAUGACGGCCGGUUUAUGUGCAUAUUAGUUGAGGAGGACCGAACCAACGGAGUUCUAAGAUACAAGCGAUCUACAGACGACGUGAUUCUGUUGGAAAAGACUUUGGCCGCUUUCACAUUAUCCGAGUUAUAUCUCUUUACUGAAGUGCGAGAUAUAGCACCUAGACGGAAAAAACGCCUCUUAAGGGUUCCACAGUUAGACACAAUUAUAUCUGCCACGUCCGCCGGGAGGAUUGUAUUUAUAGAAACUAUUCCCAGCAUUCCCAUUGGCCAUUGGGAAAUCACCGUUGACACCGAACGGUUCUUCUGCGGUCAUAAAAUCCUAAAAGACCUUGGAGAAAUCUUGUUGAGGUUCAAGUUUUCUGAAAAUGCACCCACAGCAGACGUCACAACAUACUUCUCAGUAGAGGUUGGUCUGGCUAGAGCUCACAAUGACGAGCCGUGGUGCCGUAUAGCCAUUGAGCCUCAGUCCAAGUUUGAACCACGAGAUAAUUAUCCUCAGCACCAGAUCGACCACUCGAAUGUUCGAAAACCAUUCUCCGAUAGAGCGACCCAAAAACUGCCUAAUGGAAAGGUGGUUCUUGUGGCGAUUAAAGAAAGGAAGCAGACGAAGUUUAUACUAGAGAAUAAGAAAGCACUAGUACUAUGUCACACUUUGUAUAUAACAGUAAAGCAUGGACCGGAUGAAAACCAAAUAUCUGACGACUCCGAGUAA